GUUCGUCGGAGCUUUUGCAAUUUUUCUAUAUUCUCAUUUGUACGUCUUUCUCCAUUUUUCUCUCUCCAAAGAUUUCUUCAACGGAAAAAAGAAAUUAAGGUUUAAAGAGAGAAAAUUAAUCAAUCUCAAAAGAAAAAGUAUCGCAUUAUUCAAAGAAUAUCACUGAUCUUUUUUGAUGAUCCUCAUUUCACUGUAAUUUCUUCUGAAGAUUUUGGCUUUGAGCCCCAUUUUGCUAUCAUCUUUUCUUUUUGGUUGAAGAAUUUUGAUCAAUUUAGUGGAGAAUGUCUAUGGCGAGUGUUGCUCUUAGUCCAGUUCAAAAAGAUUCCUUAACCAUCCCCAGCUUUUUGUCGGGUCAAGAUGGCUAUUUGACUGAUGAAUCGAUCCUUAUAUACCUGACUGUGGGUGGAUCUGUUAUUCCAAUCCGUGUGUUGGAGUCUGAUUCAGUUGCUUCUGUGAAACUUAGAAUUCAGAAUCACAAUGGCUUCUUUGUGAAGAAUCAGAAGCUGGUUUUUGAUGGAAGAGCUCUGGCUCGAAAUGAUUCACGAGUUCGGGAUUAUGGGGUGGCUAAUGGAAAUGUCUUGCACUUGGUCCUGCGUCUUUCGAAUGUUCAAGCUAUUACCGUUCAGACUGUAUGUGGGAAAGAGUUUGAGUUCCACGUUGAGAGGAACAGAAAUGUUGAGUAUUUGAAGCAGCAGAUUGCUGAAAAGGCUAAUGGUCUUUUUGAUCUCAAAGAGCAAGAAUUGGUUUGUGAUGGUGAGGAGCUUCAGGAUCAGCAUCAGAUCCAGGAGUAUUGUAAGAACAAUGAUGCUGUAAUUCACCUGCUAGUUCAAAAAUCUGCCAAAGUGAGAGCUAAACCUGUUGAGAAGGACUUUGAAGUUCUGAUUGUGGCUUCUGAUUCAAAAGAGCAAGGAGCUCAUAGAGUUAUCACAGCUGGGGGUAAAUGGGGGACACAGCCUGUUUGCCCUCUGGAUUCUUUUAAAAAACAGUUUUGUAGAGAUAAAAUAUUAGAACAGCUGAUCACUAAUCCUAAAAUUGAGGUUCCUUUAGUGAUUAGGCAGUUGAUUAGCUCUACUUUUUGUGGGUUGGAUAAGGGAAACUGCCCAGUUAGGUCUUCUGAGGGCUGUGGAGGAGCAUAUUUCAUGCUUGAUCCAACUGGUCAAGAAUACAUCUCGGUUUUUAAACCAAUUGAUGAGGAGCCAAUGGCUGUGAACAACCCUAAAGGGCUACCUGAGUCUACAAAUGGAGAGGGACUGAAAAAAGGUACUCAAGUGGGUGGAGGGGCUCUUCGCGAAGUUGCAGCAUAUAUUUUGGAUCAUCCGAGGGCAAGUCCUCGUUCUCUCUACCAUUCUGAGGUUGGAUUUGCUGGCAUUCCACCUACAGCUUUGGUGAAGUGUUUACACGAGGGAUUUAAUUAUCCUAAUGGAUAUGAGGGCUCUCUGAAGAAUGUUAAGGUAGGUUCUUUGCAGAUGUAUAUGAAGAAUUCUGGGAGUUGUGAGGACAUGGGUCCUAGUGCUUUUCCUGUUGAAGAGGUGCACAAGAUCUCUGUUCUAGAUAUUAGACUAGCUAAUGCUGAUAGGCAUGCUGGAAAUAUUCUGGUAUCUCGUGAUCAUGAAGGAAAAAUUGUGCUUAUUCCAAUUGAUCAUGGGUACUGUUUGCCCACCAAGUUUGAAGAUUGUACAUUUGAUUGGCUCUACUGGCCGCAAGCUCGUCAGCAAUACUCCUCUGAAACCAUUAAAUACAUAGAAUCCCUUGAUGCUGAAGAAGAUAUCAAAUUGCUAAAACUUCAUGGAUGGUACAUGCCCCCCGAGUGCGCUCGAGUCUUCCGUAUAUCCACCAUGCUUCUUAAGAAAGGAGCUGCAAGAAGGUUGACUCCAUUUUCCAUUGGUAGCAUUAUGUGUAGGGAAACCUUGAAGAAGGAAUCUGUGAUUGAGCAGAUCAUUCUCGAAGCUGAGGAAGCUUUGCUCCCACAUUCAAGCGAAACUGCAUUUCUUGAGACUGUCUCUUCAAUCAUGGAUCGCAGGCUUGAUGAGCUCACUUCAGAAGCCAUGACUGUGGAUAUGUGAACAACUUUAGAUUUAGAAAACCUUGGCUCUCUAUCCUAUAUUUGAUGGCAGCAGAGUCUGUAUGUUAAUGUAACUGUGUGUAGAGUGAUGAAACUUGCAAAGCUACUAUCUUCGUGUUCCUCUUGUUUGUACCGUUAGGAUCUCAGGGUCUUUCGAGAAAUUCCAGCCUUUCUGGCUUGAGAAUCUCUGAAGUGUGAGGACAAUGUGUAAUGUUGUGGAAUGCAAAUAUAAGUGAAAUCAAUAACGUUGUGAAAGGAAAAUCUUUUGUUGUCU